AUGAUAAAAAAAGGAAGAGGUUUUGGGGGUUCUUUAUAUCCUGAGGGUAAUUUAGGAAGUUCUAGUGAUAAAGGAAUUAAGCAGGAUUAUUUGAAAAAAGAGGAUGCGGGCAAUAAAAUUGUUUUUACGCAGAGCUAUGUUCCAAAAUCUGGAAGGGAUUUUAAAGUUAGCUCAAAUUUUGAUAAGUUCCACCAAAAUGUUAAGGGUGUGGCUCCGAUUAAUUUAAAUGUUAGCAAUUCUUUUGGAGUUCUUCAAGAUUCUUGCAAUGAAGAAAGUGAGGAAGCUUUGUAUGAAGAAUUUGGAUUGGAUAAAUUUUCUUAUAAAAAUUUUAUGAAUCAAGUGGAAGCUACCGAUGGUACCACGGGGCUGGAUACCAACAUGGAUCCUGUUAUUAAUGAUGAUUAG